AAGUGUAUCCUGCAGUAAACAUAUUGAGGGGAGCUUUUCCUCCUCCAUGUGAACUUCCCGAGGCCCAGUGACCUCUCAUCCACUUGUGAAACCAGCCUGAGGUCUUGGAAAAUCAAGUGUACAUCUUGUUCCAGUCCUUUGAGGGUGGGCCUGUCUGUCUGCGCUGUCUGCACGGUCUCACCUCCUUGUACAAACGUCACAGCAGAAGAAGAGACGUCCCCCUCACCCCACCGGACCCUCCUUCAGCCCACUAUAGUACUAUUAUAGUUCGAGCAAAGGCUAAUUGUUGGCCUCUUACAAAGGGAGCACAGUGCAAGUCUUCGGAUGGUAAUUCUGUCUCUUUCUACUAGGGGAAGAUGGCGCUGCUCGUGGUUUGUGCGCUCCUGUGCCUGUGCUGCUGGGUGUCCUUCUACUUCACUCUGUGCUACGUGAACGGGUCCAGGAGCUACGAGUGGAACUGCCGCCUGGUCACGCUGGUGCACGGCAUCCUGGCAGUCUGCAUCACAGCAUAUAUAGGCUAUGUGGACGGACCCUGGCCCUUCACCUAUCCAGGUACUCCCAACACCCCCCUGCAGAUCAGCGCCAUGAUGCUGAGCCUGGGCUACUUCAUCUUUGACAUGGCCUGGUGCGUGUACUUCCGCACAGAGGGGCCCGUUAUGCUGGCCCACCACACCAUGAGCAUCCUGGGAAUCCUGCUGACCCUGUGGCUGGGGGAGUCUGGCAUCGAGUCGUGCGCCGUGCUCUUUGGCAGCGAAAUCACCAACCCUCUCCUGCAGACGCGCUGGUUCCUCAAGCAGACGGGACGCUACGGCACCCGGCUGGGAGACGUGGUGGACGUCGUCUUCGUGCUGCUGUUUGUGCUGAUGCGAAUCUUCGUGGGAGGCACAAUGCUGUACUGUGAGCUGAUCUCCCCGAGACCCAGAUUCUUCAUCAAGUGCGGGGGAGUGGCCAUGUACGCGCUAUCCUGGGUCUUCAUGGUGGACAUUGUUCGAUUUGCCAGGCGGAAAAGGAAGAGCUGGCAGAAACAGCAGAGAGACUACCAAGACUCUGUGGCAGUUAACGGCCAUGACGGAAAGAAGGACUGAUUUUUGAGUCGUUUGUACUUUAUCUGUUUUGUACUUUGGAUGCUUAAUGUUGCAAAUUGCGCUCUGUGAUUUCAGAGGAAUAUUUGAUUCUCUACAGUGAACACGAUGUGCAUUGUGCACAUCACUGUUGCAGACAGUUAUACUGUCACAAAGGUGCACAGCAUGGAAAGGAACAUAUUGUAUGAAGCGAUCAAACGUUUAUCACAGUUUUACAAAAAAAGAAAAGGAGUGGAUUUGAUCAAAAAAAUUCAGCCAUUAUUUUCAAUAUUGUUUAUCAUAGAUCAAGAGAUAAAAGAACACUUAACCCAUAGACACAGGAUGAUACUGAUACGAUCCCACCUCUGUCGGUAAUGACAUUAGUGAAACUACUGACUUGCAAUUUAUUCAGAAAUUUACACAUAAACUUCUUCAAAUGUUUGGAGAAAUGAUGCCAGAAUUUGGCUUUUUCAAAAUGUAACUGCUUGCCGCAGGAUCUGGAUCUGCUCUUGAUUCUGGAGGUGUUUCACCUCUUAAUUCCUGAAGCUUGGAUUAGAGGUAAAACAUCUGCACGUCCUGAAACUGCGGUUAAAAAAAGAAAAAAAAAAAACUAAUGCAAAACAAAAAUUGUGAUUACCUUGACCUGGAUGAAUUCUCUAAAAUUUCAAACUUAAACCACAGUGACAGGAUGUGUACUAGAAAUACUCACUAUUUAAGUUCUAUACCGGUGAUGAAACCUUGAAUUGUAUUCAGAUUUUUAUUUAUUUAUUUAUUAAUCCUUUCAACUGAGGAAAUGAUGUUUCACCCCUUAUUCAAAAGGCUGUGAGUAUUCCCAAAUAUUUUACUUGACAUAAAUGACCCAUUGAGACUGGACACAAACCUGGAAAGAAUCUUUUUUCAUUUUAUAGGAUUUUGGAAUUAUUUGUGUCCCUCUCUCUGCCAGACAUAUUUGAUAUGGAGAGAAUUCUUUAAAUACUUCUACACUGACAAUGUUAUUAGCUUGCACUACAUUUAGAUUUUUAGGGAUGAAAACAGCUUCAGAUUUUGGAUGGAAUGAUGCCCAUAUUUGACAUAGAACACUCCUAAAAUAUUUUUAUUUUUAACAGAGAAACACUGGACGAAAAAAUAAAAAAUAAAAAAAACUUUUUUUUUUAAUUUAUGGGGCCUUUUGAUGAAGCUGUGCUAUGACAUCUGCCUGUGUAUUUUGACAGAGAUUUAGCAGGUGUUGCAGCUGCUCUUGUUACAAUAUUAUUGCCUAAAACUUGCAGCUAACGGAGGACACAGAGGUGGUUUCUGUCACUGAAAACCAAAGCACUUUGUAUAAACACAUUAGUUUAUUUGCAGUGAACUAUGGCAGAGGAAACUUCUCUAUUAGGGAACAUGUUUAAAAUGUGAUGCCUGUUGUCCCUGUGACAGUUUUUGAAGGUGCAGAUUGAAGCAGUGUCGACUCAUUACUGCUUCUUGUGGAGCUCUGUGGUAUUGCGUCCCUGGAUUCACUUCUUGUCGAUCAAUGCACAGACAGGUUUUGUCUUAGAAUUUUACGUCCCGCACCUGUAAGCCAUACCAGAACACUAAUAUUUUUUUUUCUGUAGUCUUUAAUGUGAGGCUUUGAUCAUUUUGAAAGAUGUACUCAGGGAAAGGAAGUAAUAUCAAAGCGUGAGUUUUCGAAAAAAUGUGUGUGAUGUUUAAAGUGAAUCCUCUGGAGA